UCAAUCAAAGAUGGCUGCUGGUGUUUGAUGGAAUCUAUUUUUAUAUUGAAAUAACUGAAUAUAAAAACAAAACCAUCCAUAAGGCAUUUUUAAAAGACUGUAAGACACAAUGGAGUUGCAGGACCUACAAUAUGCACAUGCUGAAUAUAUUGAAACGGCAUCUGGAAACAAAGUAAGUCGACAGUCAGUUUUAUGUGGAAGUCAGAAUAUUAUAAUAAAUGGAAAGACAAUAAUUAUGACAGAUUGUAUGAUAAGAGGAGAUUUAGCAAAUGUAAGAAUAGGAAGAAAUUGUGUCAUCAGUGAAGGUGCUAUAAUCAGACCAGCAUUUAAAAAAUUUAGUCGUGGUGUUGCAUUUUUUCCUCUACAUAUUGGAGAUAAUGUAUUUAUUGGUGAAGAUUCAGUUGUAAAUGCUGCACAGAUUGGAUCAUUUGUACAUAUUGGCAAAAACUGUGUCAUAGGAAGAAGAUCUGUAUUAAAGGAUUGUUGUGCUAUAGCUGAUAAUACUGUAUUACCACCAGAAACAGUUGUUCCACCAUUUACAUAUUUUGAAGGUUCGCCAGGAAGAUUUACAACAGAAUUACCAGAAUCUACACAAGAAUUAAUGAUCAAUAUAACUGUAGGUUUUUAUGAACAUUUUAAACCUAUAGGAAAACCUAGAGGCCGAUGAAAGAGGACCGGGAAGAUUGUUACUUUAACAAAGAAUUGGGGACUUGGUAGUUAUUUAUUAUAAUAUUCCAUCUGUGCUUUUUUCUUUAUGUCAAGUACAGUGAACAUCUGAAUCCGUGCUAUUAUAUGUAUAUGCAAGUACAGGGAACAUUUGAAUCGGUGCAAUAUGGCUUUAAUAGUGGUGGUAGAUAUUUGUUGAUUCUGUUAUUAUUUUAUCACAUUACUUGGACAUCAGGCUUUGAAUUCAGGGUUCCAUAUUUAUGUACCCACAGGAGAAAUGUACGAAGAUCUAACAAAAUAAUGUCAGUUGGUUGCUUAAUGUAUAAAUGUUGUCCGAAGGGGAGAACAGUCAGUCUAGUAUACUUUGUUAAAUACUCAUUGCCAUGUCUUGCUAUAUUAUUGCAUACAUGAAGGUAGUAAGCAACAAGGGGGUGGGAGAGACGGAGAGAGAAAUGGAGUUUAACAUCCACUCAACACAAACUAGGUCAUUUCAGGACUAACAUAUAGUUCAAUUUUAUUUCAACAAUUCGCUUGUGCGUAGGGGUCUUUAGCAGUGGGAGGAAACUGGAGGACUCGGAGAAAACCCAUGAUGAUGUUGAACAGGCUGGGUUGGAUGGCCGAAUGGUUAGCGGGUGUGUGCUGUAUCGUAAGGUCUGUCAUUGAGUCAACUGGCAUGGUUUCAUUUCCCCGGCUGUACGUGACAAGGAGUAAGGUCGCCUGUCCAACCUUGUGGGUUUUCUCCAGGCCCUCCAGUUACCUCCCACUGCUAAAGACCCUACACAUAAACGAAUUAUUGAAAAUUGAGCCAUAUGUUAUUCCUGUGUCGAGUGGACGUUAAACCCCAUUUCCCUCUCUCUCUCUCCAAACAACAAACUUGACAAGUAUUAUGGUUUAAUCUCAGAAGUGACAUAAUCUGAUAACAUAAAAUAUUACUGAACCCUGAAAAUAAAGACUGUUGUGAUUGUGUCAAUGAUGUGCAAAAUAUUAUUUUAUAAGUAGAAUCGAGCAGUACAUUUAAAAAAUAGUUAUAAUUGCCCUUGAUACCACGCCAGCAACUUUCUCUGUUAUUGUAGUUAUGUAAACUUGAAAUUAUUUUAUUGAUUAUGGAAAAAGCCUCCUGAUUUUCUGCAAGGGUAUAUUGUUCUUUAUUAAAUUUUGUAUUUUGUUAAAAGUUUGUGUCAUUUUGAUUAUAUGUACUGUAAUUAAGAUCAUGCCAUAUCCUAAACUUUGUAAACAAUCCUUUGUUAGUGAUAUAAUGGUGGUUUCAUACUUUCACUACAUAUUUUAAUUAGAGAGCCAUGCUCCAAAUUUAAAGGGAAAUCCCUUUUGCAACAAAUGACCUAUUUUUCAAUAGACAUGCUUUCAAACAAAGGAUGAAUGAGCAAAAUGUGAAACAUUUAGUUUUUUUGAAAGAGAAGUUGUAAGCAUGCUGCUAGAUUAUUGAACACAAGCUAGAACUAAUGCUGCAUUUCAUGGUUGCAUGGUUUGGUCCUUAAUCAGUAUGUACAGAAUAUGAAUAAUGUAUUUACUGUUUGCACUACAAUAAUUUAAUUCAUGUAACAAUUACGAAAACUGUAAUGGAUUAAUGAUGAUGACAUAAUUCAUUCAUACAGAAAUAAAAUUUCUUUGUAAAA